AUGAAAGUGUUACGAUGGUUUUUUGUUUGUUGCCUCCACAGUGAGACCUUCGGACAGAUCGAUUAUUCGUCAUGUUGUAGUAAUUUCCCCGACAGCACUCUCUGUGGUUGUGAAAACGAAGUAAUUCAAUGCCAUAACCUCAUUUCCACACCAAGCUUGCGACAAGAUCGUCGUUGUCGGGUUGUGGAUAUUAGAGAAAGUUAUCUACCCAUUACUCCCUUUGAUUUCAACCACAUACAAACUGACAGACUAAUCCUGAGCAACAACCAUCUCAACAACUCAAACAUUGACCCCCUCGCGUUUAACAACUUGAAAGACACGCUGAAAGAACUUGUUUUGUCGAACAAUUUGCUGACAUCAGUUCCGCAGGCAAUAAAGGAAUUGAACCACUUGGAACUUUUAGAUCUAUCUGGAAAUCCAAUAUCUGCUAAUAGUUUUGAUGAAAAUGUAAUGAGGGGGAUAGGCGAUACGUUGACAGAUUUACGCUUUGGUGGACCAGAGCUCACGUCCUGGCCAUCUACACUUAAUCAUCUACAGGCGCUGCAGAAGUUGACUGUUACUGAAUCAGUCUUUACAUUAAUGCCAUUCGAUGCCUUCCAUGGAUUCCAAGGAACAUUAAAAGAAUUAACAAUACAACAUAGCCAAUUGUCAUCUAUCCCACUGGCUGUUGCAAGUUUGAGGUACUUAGAGGUGCUUCGUUUUGAUGACAACCAUAAAGUUGGUAAUCAAGGCAUGCAAGCUCCAAUUGUCUCUGGUUUAUUACCAUAUCUAUAUAAUGUGUCCUUACAAGCGGACAACAUUACCGAAUUUCCUCAAAUUUUAGGAGUGUUCGAGAAACUUAAAAAUGUUGUUUUAGACAGAAAUAAUCUGAAGUUUGUGAGUGACGAAUCUGCAGCUUCUGUAAACCAGACGUCGUCUCUGAGCCUGCGUGAUUCCGGCUUGACGAGAAUUCCUGAAGCUUUCCAACGGAUUGCUGCCCUAGAGUCAUUAGAUCUUUCCAUCAACAAUAUCCACAGUAUAGACACCAAAGACCUGCGUCAACUUGUCCACUUAAAGACACUCCUUUUGAACAGUAACCCCAUUUUAUACAUGUCACCAAACGCACUUUCCAACAACAGGAUGUUAGAAAGAGUAGAAUUGAAAUCAACAAACCUAACAAAAGUUCCAUGUGCAGUAAAAGGGUUGAUGCUGGCUCAUCUCCAUGCCGGAAGUAGCCGUAACAUUACGGUAGAUUUACAGUUCAAUCAAAUACAGUGUACCUGCGAACUGCAGUGGCUUCAUGUAGCCAUUACGACCAUGCCUUCAAUAUCAUUAAAGAUCGAGGGACGGUGCGAUACGAUAGAGAAAGCCAUCCAGGAAUACAUCAAUGAUGAUUUACCCGCAUGUCCUGGAGGAGCUAAGUGUUCUUAA